AUGCUGGAAAAGGGCUUCGGCUUCUGCCAACUGGAGGACCCUGAGCGAACAAUGGAUGUCUUCCUGCACAUCAACAGCUUCGAAGGUCAGAAGCCGGAUGACUUUAGCGGUUUGCCCGGGCUGCCUCCUGUCGGCCAGGAGGUUGAGCUCAAGCUCGCGGACAACACGGUGAGGCCUCGGGCAACUUGGGCACGGAUCGUCGGACCGGCCCUGCCCGUGGACAAGUCGAAGGUCCUCUUCAACUGCCUGAGCCACGUCCUCAAGAGCCCAGAAAGGUUCCUUGAGGGAAAGCAACAGAAGGCUGGAUGGUACAAACUUGUGGACGUCCUGGCCACAGAUCAGACUAGCCUAUGUGUUGGCCCACCAGCUGCGUCCAGCCGUGACAGCGUUUUCCUCCAGCGGAGCUGCGGAGAUCAACAGGGGAAGUAUUCCCGAGCCCCUCAUGAACUCCUUGCACGACCUGGCAGUUUGCGUUGUGGCGCCAACCGCAGAAGCUGCAGGUGA